AUGUAGGAUAGAGACAUAAAUAUGGGUGAUUUUAAUGGAUAAAUAGGUUAAGGUGGUUCUACUUAAUUUAAUCAGUUUGAAAUAGUGAGUAAUUAAAAUUCUGGAUUAAUCUCUAUGGAAAUAAAUCAAUAGUAAAUUUAUUACUCCGAUUCUACUUCAAUUAAUUUCUCUAAUUAUGUUUGUAAAUAACAAAAUUCAUAAUCUCAAGAAUUUGGAAAAGGUAAUAGUUAAUAUCUAUAUGGUGAUUGUCUAAAUUUUGUCGAGGUUGGUGUAGUGUCUCAAAAACAAAUAAAUGAGAAUCUGGAAUCUCAACAAUCAAAUUAAAUACCUUAAUAAGCAAAUGAAACAUCUUAAACAAAUUAAGUACCUCAAACAUAAAUUGUAAUACCUCAAAAAACAAAUUAUACAUCUUAAAUAGAUUAAAAAGAUAUGAAAUUAUAUGAAAGAUAUUAUGAGAAUGAAAUAUGUCCUCAUUUGUUACCAAUGAAAGAAUAUUUUUUAUAAACAGAUGACGUAAAUGUAUUAUUUAAAUAUAGCCAAAUAAUAAAGUUUAGGAAUACAUAAGUAAUCAACAGGAAGUUGNUAUAAGGUUUUAUUAUUUUAUUCUUAAAUCAUAUGAAAUUUUCAAUCCCAUCUAAUCUUCUCAUAUAUUCUUAAGAUUUUUAAACAAGAACAUUAUAGUUAUAUAAGCAAAAUAAAUUAAAACUUAAUUAUUUUCACUUGUAGUUCUAUUUAUCAUCAAUUAAUCAAUUUAUUUUAGUUAUUACGAAUUAUUCUUAUAUUGUUUUUAGAAAGUUUAAUAAGAUUUUAUGAUAUAUUGGAUAAGUCAAACUUUCUCUCUUUGGUUAAAAUACUCUUCUUGUUAUAAUAUUUAUUUAUAUUCUGUUCAAAAUAAAUAUGAAAUCAAAUUAUUAUUUUUAUUUAAUGAUAAUUUUAUUAUUUGA